AUGGCUACAGGAAGAAGUUCAAUUAAAGUUCCAUGUGAAAAUGAAGACUUACCCGACAGAGAAAAUGCACCAGAUUUUGACGAGGACACUUUACGAGGUGAGCUAGGUUCAACUUCGGCUUCAGUUAUUGUUAGAGCAAUUUCUAUUCGAUCAGUUUCAAGAAUGCAAGCAGAUGUGGAAAAGGAUAUAUACAAUGUAUGACCACUUUAAAGGAUAUUUGGCCAGUCAUGACUCUCUUCUAUGAUUACAAUAUGCUGUUCAUUGAGAAGAUCUAUGACACAGAAACUUUUGCUAUUUUCUUUUCUAACAGUUCAAAGAAAUAACACAAAGUUAUAAUAAGUUAAGACUUUAUUUGAUCAUCAUAUAACAUCCAUUGUAAGUUUGCAUCAUAGGUACCAUCAUCAUCAUCAUCACCAUCAUCUUUCUAGUUAAUGAAACAUAAUCACUUUGAAACCUUCAACAUUCCCUCCUUUCUCCUCGAGCAACCCACAGGCAUUUGAUCUUCAUCCAAGCCAAAGAGGGUGGGCGGGGGGGGGGGAGGGGGCUAAAUCUGCCUGACUGGCGUUAGGGAAUUUGAAUAAAAACUGUCACAUCUAAUUUCCAGUAGAGUACAAGUGUUAAGAGGCGAUCUCUGUAAGAGCGGUCCAGGGCAUUUCGCAUCGGAAAAAAGUUUUCCCUCAAACUUUUCCCAAUAAACUAUCUUUGGUUACAAGUAAAUAAAAGCACAUUAGUUUCUGGAAAUACGUUAACAUAAAAUUUUUAGAGCUCUCAAAAGUCAAAGCUGCAAAAGGCCCUUUUUUGACCUCUUGCGACAUCGAAAAUUUCAAAUGUUGAAUAGCCCGGUCCUCGUAUCACACCGCAUGCAGCAAAAAAUAUUUUGUAUUCUUAAAGUGUGUGAUAUAUAAGGUGUAUAAAAUGCAUUUCAAUUUUGAUAUUCGUUUAUUCAGAGGCUCGUCAUAAUUGAUUUAAAAACACUCGUUGGACAGCUUUCUGAAAUUGGUUAAAAGUACUCUUUCUUUCUCGGUUGAUAUUGCUCAAGUCCAGACCAGACCAUUAAAAACUCCGCUUGAUUUCUGCUAAUAAGAUGUUUGGCUGCAGAAAAAUAUAAAAACAUCUUGCACUUAUUGAUUUUCUUCGCCGAAGUGACUUCGAACUUUUAGCGAUAUUGCUAGCGUGACAGCCGAUUAUGCAAAUUAUUCAUUGAGCAAACUCCGACCGUUUUAUGUGAGUAGCUGAAUGAAUCUUAGCUUUUGACCAUUAUAAGUCGAAAAUAAAGUAGAAAAUAUAGUGGAAAGAGCUUUAAGACCACACCGAUUAGUACCUUAAACAUUUUAAAAGGCCUAAAUUUUGACCUUUUUUAUUAUCUCGUGACGAAAGACGUCAACAACAACGUAUCGAAUAUCAUAAUUUGAUUGGCGCUCGCAAACCCCUUUUAAAUAAUUUGGCUUCUGUUAUUUCAUAUUCGAGUUCUGACAGCUUACGCUAUUAAAACCUGUAUGAACAUUUCAAAACCAAACUACAGGAUUCUAUUUAGUGUAACCGGCGAUAACAGCACACACUGAGAUACACCGUGACCACUGUCACAUAAUUCAAUUGUAUAAUUAUCCUGAAUUGCUUCUCCCUUCGUAAUAAAGCAGCGAUAACAUCGCCUUUUGGAUCAGAAUUCUGGUCGGCAGAAAUAAGAGAAAUUUUGUCUGCACACCGGUCUUUAUGAAAGUUUCUAUUCAGUACUCUAGAGAGUUCUUGUGGAAAAGGACCCCGCGAUUUUUGAGGAAAUAAAUUAUUACGUUACGUGUCACCUCAUUUUUCCAACAAUUAGCUAUAUCUAUAUCUUAAAGCGCGUAAUUUUAUUAGCUGUAAUUUAUAUGUCUCUUUCGGUACUGGUUUGCUUGGGAUUAAUAACAAAAAAUUCUUGAAGCGGUAUUCGCCACAAGAAGUCCUGUUUUCAGUUGCGUUCCUCAGAAACUUCGUUCGGAGACUCACGAGGAGUUUCCGGUUUGUUUAACUUGCCUCAGAGUACUGACUCAAUAAAGAGUCAUCUCUGCUUAAUCCUUUUGUCAAAAGAGAGUUUCAAAGAAGGAGAGCUUAUCUUUGCAAGGGCUGGCCUGUUCGAUGUAGAAGACUCAGUUAUGGCAAAAUGUGAGUCUGCGCAAAGCAUAGGCACACUUAUGGGAAGUUCUGGCGCCAAAGUUCAGCGUGCCAGUAUCCGACACACCCUGGUAGUGAUUCCAAAUGGGUAAAGAGCCGGUAUUCUGUCAAUUUGCAAAUGUCAAAGGCCAUUUCUAAGAUGUAUGGCGUUCUAUAGAGGUUUAGACAAUACUGCAGCUGAGGGAGCGGAUGGUUUCAAAGAUUUUUCUCCAAAUUAUAGACGAAUUGGAAAGCGUGGUAGCAGAAAAGGACUAGCGUAAAGAAGUUGGGAAGAGGCUUUAGGAGAGCAGGUUGUAUUUGAAGACUAAAUACCGUAAUCACUGCGAAGAGGAAGAUAGAAAAUGUGCCGAUCACUGUAGGGUCUUUGCACUGAGCCAUGCUGGUGACACUGACGUUCAGAAAGUAUGCAGUCACAGUCACAACGUGAGGUGUGAGGAUUGUGAGAAGCUGAAGAGUAUUUUUCAAUGAGUAAAAGGCGCUAUUUCUGAGUACACAAUGCAGUUGGGUAGGUUUCAGAGAGAGGCGAGGAACACAGUAAUGGAUGAGAUAGGAUUGAAACAUCCAAUCAUGUUUGAUAUCUAUGACGUGUGCUCGUGGCAAGAGAAGCAAGGUUGCCUAGCCUCAAAGUCAAGAUGCUAAGAGACAUGUGCAAACAUUUUGAGCUCGCAUUCAAAAUGCAAGAUACAAAUGCAGCACCUCUUGCAAAAAUGGAGGAAAUGAUUUCGGAGUGCAGAUGUUAUGCAAUCUAGUUAUGACGUCCACCCGUUAAUUAUGCAAAUGCAAUAUCCUUUUUCACAAGAACUCUUCAAACUUAUGAGAAGGGACUGUUAUGCAGACAGGCGUGACGACCAAAUAUCAUUUUUUUCCCUUUCAGCUAGAAAUCCGAGCAAUCGCUGCUUUAUUUAGACGUGAGAAGUAUUCAGGACAAUUACACGAUGGAAUUACGUGACAGAGUCAAUGGUCACGGUGUAUUUCUGUAUUUCUGUGUGUGCUGUUAUCGCCGGUUACACUAAAUAGAAUCCAGUAGUUUGGUUUUGAAAUAUUCAUACAGGUUUGAAUAGCGUAAGCCAUCAGAACUCAAAUGUGAAAUAACAGAAGCCAAAUUUUUAAAAAAGAGUUCGCGAGCGCUAAUCAAAUUAUGAUAUUCGAUACGUUGUUGUUGACGUCUUUCGUCACGAGAUAUUAAAAAUUGUCAAAUUUUGGCCUUUUGAAAAGCUUAAAGUAUUAAUCAGUGUGGUCUUAAAGCUUUGUCCUACUGUAUUUUCUACUUAAAAUGGUUAAAAUCUAAGAUUUAUUGAGCUACUCAUAUAAAACGGUCGGAGUUUGCUCAAUGAACUAAUUUGCAUAAUCGGCUGUCACGCUAGCAAUAUCGCUAAAAGUUUGAAGUCACCUCGGCGAAGAAAAUCAAUAAGUGCAAGAUGUUUUUAUAUUUUUCUGCAGCCAAACAUCUUAUUAGCAGAAAUCAAGCGGAGUUUUUAAUGGUCUGGUCUGGACUUGAGCAAUAUCAACCAAGAAAGAGAGAGUACUUUUAACCAAUUUCAGAAAGCUGUUCAACGAGCGUUUUUAAAUAAAUUUUGACGAGCCUCUGAAUAAACGAAUAUCAAAAUUGAAAUGCAUUUUAUACACCUUAUAUAUCACACACUUUAAGAAUACAAAAUAUUUUUUGCUGCAUGCGGUGUGAUACGAGGACCGGGCUAUUCAACUUUUGAAAUUUUCGAUGUCGCAAGAGGUCAAAAAAGGGCCUUUUGCAGCUUUGACUUUUGAGAGCUCUAAAAAUUUUAUGUUAACGUAUUUCCAGAAACUAAUGUGCUUUUAUUUACUUAUUACCAAAGAUAGUUUAUUGGGAAAAGUUUGAGGGAAAACCUUUUUUCCGAUGCGAAAUGCCCUGAACCGCUCUUACAGAGAUCGCCUCUUAAUUAUCAUUGAAUAUGGAGGUGUUUAAGGUAGAUAGAGUACUUUCACUAACAAAUGGCUCAGAAGAAAUAAGGCUUCAAGGUCUAGGUUUUAAAGCUUGGUCAAUUAGUUUUUAAAGCUUGAUCAAUUAGUUGAAAGUGAAAUUGCUAAUUAUUUCGCCUUUUACAUAAUAUUGUGUGGGGCAAUUGAACAUUUUAUUAAUUUUUCCCAGGGAAUAGGAAUUUUAGGAAACCUAUCUCCAAAAUCUCUCAUCUCCAGGGGUUUGCCUCGAAUUAAGUGAUGCUUAUAAUUCUCAUCAUUAUUCUUACCCAUGUUGUCACCUACAUUGUUAGCAUCAUCAUAACUAUUGAAAAUCUGCAGAUUUUAAAUCUCCAGAUUUUAAAUCUCCAGAUCUUGGCAGCUCUGACUAUACACGAAUAAUUAUUAACUACGACCACAGACUUUGACACCCAUUUUUUAAUUUUUUUUCGAAUUAUUUUAUUUUUUCUUUGCAGCCACAGCUGAUGUUUAUAGGAAUGAGGGUAAUGAGGCCUUCAAGAAAGGAGAUUUCAUCAAUGCUAUUCAUUAUUACACCAAAGGAAUUAAAAUGAACUGCAAUGACAAAGAACUGAAGGCCAAACUGUACAACAACAGGGCAAUUGCACAUUUUAAACUUGGUAAGAUGAUGAGAGCUUUAAUAUGCAUUUUUUUUCUAUUUUGAAGCUAUUGAGUUGUCAGUAGUAGUUUUCUGAAAAAGGUGAUAAUUUUGAAUGCAUGCCCGGAAAAAUUUACAUCUUAUCUUGGCCUCUCAAAUAUACAAAGAAGUAACCUCUUACCCCAGAUAUCAAUGAGCAUCACAAGUUUUUCCCAAAAUUAUAGUAAUGGUAGUUGGUUUGCAACAUGUAUGGCUAAUCAGAGAUAUUUAUUUCAAUAACAGGAAAUCACCAGGAUUCACUAAGGGAUGCAGAAGCAGCCAUUGAGUUAAAUCCAACUUUCCUUAAGGCAAUUGUGAGAGGUUAGAUAUGUUAGCUGUGCUAUAAUAAUAAUAAUAAAAAAGAACUCAACACUCUAAGGUUAAAUGAGGUUAAAUGGAGUUCAAUCUUGUCUCAAUUGAGUUUAAUUAAGAGGUCGAGACCACCCUGAUGUACAUUUGAAUCCAGCUCUUGACUGUUACGCCAAUACUUUCCAUUAAUCAUGAUGAGAAUAUUAUUUUGAACGGGAUGAAGAACUCAAUGCGGAAUGUAAAGCAAAAUUUCAGCAUGAAUAUUUUAGUUCCUUAAGUUCAAUGAGUCACAGGUGUCAGAUAUGUUAAGAGCAUGUCCAUGAGAGCACCAGGCAGUCCUGUUACAUGCCAUCUCACCGAUUUCAGUUUAAAGGGUCUACCCAAAACUCAAAAAGACAAACUGGUUUCUGUUUUGGUUUUUUUUCCGGGGGGAGAUAGACCACCCCCCGGUUUUUCUUGGUUUUCACCAAGGAAAUCGCUUCAAAUAGGUAAAUGUAUGAAGCUCUCACUGCGAUGGUAUUUAAUCGAUUACUUUGAGGAUUUGCACACAUAUUUUUACAUCCUUGGUUAAUUUCUCUUGCGAGUAUCAGUCAGUUUGAUUGACGGCUUGUCAAUCAACAGAGGCAAAUAUACGACUGUGUUUUUAGACUUUUCGAUUCAUCCAAAUAUUUGACGACUUUGAGGUCAAAUAUCUCCCGUUUCCAGAAAGCUGCAACACUUAUCUUAAUUACCCUUUAUAACCCAUCAUUUCAUCUCUGAAAAUCAUCAAAAAAAUCUUUGGGCACUACCGUAUUUUUAUCUUGGAUGCCUUUUAAAAUCUGCGACUGUUACAAGUUUCUCUCAACUGCACCUGUCACGCAAUUCUUGCUCUAGGCGGUCACUUGACAAAAUAAACCUACAUUGUUUUCGCUCUUUAUACAAGAUGAUUGAUCACGAAAGGUGAAAAGUGUGAAAAACUUUCGAGAUUUUUUGUAGGAAUGGAAAAUUUCACGUUUAGAGAGAUGCAUGUAGACGAAAAAUCAAUGGGAAAAUCGUAGCGUUUCUUUCUUCAGUCGUUUAUUACUUUGAAGAUUUGCUAAAAACAUCAGAUAUGGCUUUUGUACGGCACAAAACAUUCAUUAGUCUAUAAUUUGAUGGUUUAUCAUCAUCAUUGCUCAUUUUAGGAGAUUUUAAAGGCAUAUGCUGUGUGUUGGCUGAUAUUACUACAUGUUCCAGUGUGCUACAACUUCGGCUUUUAAAGACGAGAAAUUCUGCGCUCUCGCUUGAGAGCAAAUAUCAAUAGUUCUAUCGGACUAAAAACUGUGCUUCUAUCCCGAAAAUGAAAUUAAAAUAGUGUUGUCAUUGUCACUUACCGCCAUCGAACAUUUCCAUGCAGAACUCCGCUAAGCUAACAUCUGUUGUGUGACCCGAAGACUCUCCGUAGGAAUUAUUCAAGCGCGUUGUUCAUGCUGUCUGCUAGAUAACAAUUUCAGAAUAAUCUGCAGAUCUCUAUGAUUAUUUGCCUGCUUCGAUCGUAAAUAUCUGGAUAUUUUUUUCAAGCAUUCUAUUACUACAUAUAAAUCUACAUCUCUCUAGAUCGAGUGUUGCCGACGUUUAAUUGUAAAAUUUUUAAGUAAGAAUGAGCCAGCAGUAAUUUGACGAGUAGGCUUCCUGCAAAUUUCCCUUGAUGAAAUCCCAAGACAUAGCCAGUUGUUUUCGUGAGCAAAAACAACAAAUAUGAAAGAAAAUGUCUUUUUUUUUAGCUUAAUAGUAGCUGUACCCUCUCUUGCAGUCUUCGUCUAAAUUUUGCAAGGUCCCUCCUUAUCUUCUGCCUUGUUCGGUCACUUUCGAAUUCUGAAGCUAGAUCAUUGGCAUCGGGCUCUCCGUCUUCAUUCAUAUUUACAGAGGGGGACCUCAUCAAUAAACCAAUUUUUGUUACGGCAGAUAAGCGGCUGAAGUAUCGAGCGAUUUGCUGCUGUAUCAACCCGUAAGUCGUCUCUUAAACUCGAUAUUUGGGAAGUCACAUUAGAGGCGGUUGCCUUACUAGUUUCCUCCCUUGUCCAGCACACGUCUAGGAGAUAAUUCUCUGCUUUCUGAGAAAAGGUGGCUGAUUUUGGUGUUUUCCAAAGAGUCCAUCCAAAGUCCACUUGGAUAGUUAGGGAUUGUUCGUCAGAAUUUUACCUGAGGUCCGACCUUGAACGUAGCCAUCCCCUAUAGAAUGGCAAGCCGGCCUUAGUCUAUUUCCUCUUGAUCUUAUCAUAGACGGAUUUUUUUUGUCACCUUCACUGUCUUUGUCUUUGUCAGGGUACAUUUGGAUGACAGCCAGUGACUGAAACGACUUGAUACAUCCUUCUUUUAGCAAGAAUAUCUCGCUUUCUUGUUCCGUCUAUGACGGAUUGGGUAUAGUUCUCGCGAUGACCCGCGUUCAGAAAUCUACGAUUAGUUUGCUGAAGGUUUCUAAUUUGAUGAGCCUAGUGAGACCCUGAGGUGCUUCAAACCGUGCCGGUUGGUCUGCGCUAUAAACUUGUCGCAGUUCUUAAGUCAGAGGGAGGAUCGCCCACCUCUAUCUAUGUGAGCGCCUCUACAGUACCUGCGUAUCCCUGAUGUUCAGAUAAGCGCUCUUCUUGCCCUUCUUCCUUAUUCAUUGCCGACUCUAAGAUAGCAGCUACAGUACGCGUUCUAUUUAGGUUUACAGUCACCUUGUCGCCACCAGUAAGACUCGCCACCAGCUUUGAUUUCUUCUGCCAUCUGCAGAUUCAUCUCUCUCUCACUCUAUGUCUCCGAUUUUUAUGAGGAGGAUACUGGCAUUUACGAACCCGAAAGUAUGAAUCUCACACCAAGUUGUGCACGAUAUUUGAGGUACAUCGUGAAAUCGCGGCCUUCGUAAUCUCCAAAUAAGCCAAUACGCGCUAGAAUAAGCUCCAUCUCGGACGAAACGCAUGCUUGGGAUACAUCGACAUUUCUCAAAUGUUUUUUUUUAAGCUGUAUACCCACGAAUUUAGAGGUAUGAGCUGUUGCCGUCCCUGGCCAGCGCGAGAAAAAUAACAUUUGGUUCUACAGUUAGUUGCAAAUGAACAAGACAACUGCACCAUCUUGACUUUAUCAAUUCGAGUGUUAGAUUGAAUUGAGGGCUUUUUAGACACUCGAUUUCUUAUAUGGAAUCACUAUGAAGACGUAAUACAACUGAUACACCUACACUACAAAGGAUUAACAAUGUCUGUUGCGCUGUUACGAGAGGGAGGAAAAUAUUACCGGAAGUGUAAACUCUUUUUAAAAAGAGUUUCAGAGACGUUUCAGAGAUGUCUAUCUUUGAUCGGCUGUCACAAAAAAAUGACCCCUACCUAAAUUUACUAGGAAAAUGAACUUACCAACUCCUUGUUGAAAAAAUUGGAAUUCAUUUGACCGAUACGCCGGUUGUUUCAAUUUUUCUUUUUCCUCGGGCUGCUAUGAAACAGUUCAUAAAUUGACUAAUGUAUAAAGUGUUUUGAAAUACCGUUCGGAAUUGCCUUUUUUUUCUGCGUGCAAAUCAAGGGUAGACAAAGUUUUUAAAACAUUUGACUAGAAUUUCAUGGAGUUCACCUCGAUAAUUUUCGUCGGCCAGAGUCAAGACGCGCCAAGGUAAGCGACAUCGCCCUCCAGUAAAAUAAUUUUCCAAAGAAUAAACGUGGCGAGCGUGAGGAAACGCACAUUUUUUUCAUCAUUGUGAUCAAAGCCCAAUAAUGUACCUAAAUUGGUACUUACGGUAUCAAACCAUUGAUUAUGACAGGGUGAGCUUAGUUUUUCUGUCGAGGUCGACGUGACUUCACAUUAAAAGCAUUUUUGACGGAACAAACUAGUGAGCAUCACUGCACGAACUGAGAAAGUAAAAACUUUUAUUUAUCUCCCACGCGUUUCGUCUGACAAUAGUAGACUUCAUCAAGGAUUUUUUCAAGUAAGAUAAAUAAGCUUGCUCAUAUACAAAUAGUAAAUAAGUUGUCUCUUUGCUAUUGAAGCCAGUGGAUAGAAUUCGCCUGGUGCGCCUACGGUGUUUUCCGGACGUUACAUGUACGAGUACGUGAUCCUUUUGAGGGUCACAGAUUAAGUGUAAAAAUUUCCCCCUCAACAUCACGCAAUGUCUCUAGUUUACAGAGGUCUUAGAACGUUUCAUUAUCAUGGAGUUGCCUUCUGCGGGUAGAAGGCUACAAGCGAAUUUCCCAGGCGUAAUUGCCUUUGAUUUCUCAAUUGAUGUUGUCGCAAACACAGUUUCUGGGAGUCACGAGACAAAAAAACUUAUCAGGACCUAGUUUCAUGUUCUAAUGGAAAUAAAUAGCAAAUAAAAACACAUUUUUUUGAGAAAUAAAGUCACAAAUGACGGGGGUUCUCUGAAACAAAGAGUGAUAGAAAAGGAUUCCAGUUCCAGUUAAUAUUGACUUUUCAUGGCCUACUUCCAAAUCUGAGGGAACGCGCUGAGGGAAUAAAAAAACAUAAAUGUGUGAUAAUGCAAGCAAGAGAAUGAAAUCCAAAUGAAGAAAAAGGAGAAAACAUAGGAACCUGUGUUGCAGCGUGCAGAUAUCUUUUGAACCAGACCCACACACCUAAGCCUGACACCACCCAGAGAAACUCGAAAGAGUCCUGUAUAUGAACUAGCUCGCACGUGCACGGAGGAAAGGCCAUGACAAUCAGCGAAAAUAAUAGCAAAUGCAAAUGAUAUUUGCGGUCAAAAAACAGGAAAAUAAGAUAACAGAAGGAUUAAGAACUUUCUAGAAGUGUCUUCUUGAAAAAAAAAGAUGAACAAUUUUUACUUCUCAUGAAAGGUCACGCAGUAACCCUACAAACACUAUUACUAUACGUGGAAUUUCUUGAUGGUGGAAAGUAAAAAAAACAUUUUACAGUCUUAUUUUCUGGAAACAUGGCGUUGUUAAUGAAUUUAUGGGGCUAUUGAUAUUUCCUAUCAAAUAAGGGGGGCAGAGUUUUCCGUCAUUCGCGGUAUGGAAAAGCUGAAGUUGUUACACUCGGGAACUUGUACGUCAACAAGCAGGCGACAUGUGACUUUAAAAUCUCCUCUCCUGUUACAGUUUCCUUAUUGUAAACUGUGCGAUAAUGAUAAUAGAUGAUCAAAGUAUAGGCUAAUGAAUAUUUUGUUCUGUACAAGAGCCCUAUGUCCUGAUUUUAGUAAAUCUUCAAAGUAAUAAACGAUUGAAGAAAGAAACGCAACGAUUUUCCCAUUGAUUUUUCGUCAACACGUAUCUCUCUAAACGUGAAAUUUUCCAUUCCUACAAAAAAUCUCGAAAGUUUUUCACAUUUUUCACCUUUCUUGAUCAAUCAUCUUGUAUAAAGAGCUAAAAAGUGUAGGUCUAUUUUGUCAAAUGACCGCCUAGAGCAAGAAUUUCGUGACAGGUGUAGUUGAGAGAAACUUGUCACAGUCGCAGAUUUUAAAAGGCAUCCAAGAUAAAAAUACGGUAGUGCCCAAAGAUUUUUUUGAUGAUUUUCAGAGAUGAAAUGAUACGUUAUAAAGGGUAGUUAAGAUUAGUGUUGUAGCUUUCUGGCAACGGGAGAUAUUUGACCUCAAAGUUGUCAAAUAUUUGGAUGAAUCGAAAAGUCUAAAAACACAGUCGUAUAUUUGCCUCUGUUGAUUGACAAGCCGUCAAUCAAACUGACUGAUACUCGCGGUGGCCGUUAACUAAGGAUGUAAAAAUAUGUGUGCAAAUUCUCAAAGUAAUCGGUUAAAUACCAUCGCAGUGAGAGCUUCAUACAUUUUACCUAUUUGAAGCGAUUUCCUUGGUGAAAACCAAGAAAAACUGAGGGGGUGUCUUUCUCCCCCUGGAAAAAACCAAAACAGAAACCAGUCUGUUUUUUUUAGUUUUGGAGUAGACCCUUUAGACUGGCAAAGUCUCAUUGAAAUCGGUGAGGUUGCAUGUAGCACGACUGCCCGGUGCUCUCGUGGACACGCUCUUAAGUUCCUAUCUAACUGUUUAAAAAGAAGGAUCAGGACUUAACGAACUCUUGGUGUUUUUGUGGGAGUUGUUGAUCCCAAUUUAAGUGUUCUUAGAGGUUUCAGUUGUCUUAAAAGCUAAAUAAAUUUAACUGAAACCUAAUAGGGCCUGUUUAUUCUUUCCGUUUAGUUUUUUUGUUUUGUUUUGUUUUGUCUUUUUUUUCUUCUGGUUUGUAAUGAUUUCAAUGGUUUCAGGUUCUUUUCUCAGAAUUGAGCUACAGUAAUAGUAUGCGUCUUUGUGUUGUUGCCUACAGGAGCCACUGCUUGUGUUGAAUUGAAGAGAUUUGAAGAAGCAAUCACUUGGUGUGAUAAGGGACUAGCUGUAUCCUUUGAAGUAAUCUUUCAUUUUUAA